GGCUCUUUCUUCGGAAACGUCAGAAUAUUAGCGUUUAUGUUUACUCAAAACAUGAACGGGUCGAAAUCAAAAUUAUCCAAAGCAUCUGAUUCCCUUACAGCAGAAAAACUCCAGCGAAUCAUCAAAAACGUACGCAAUGCGUCCAACAUUCUCAGCUCCUCCGAUGACGACGGAUGUCACAAAAAGUUGGACAGCGCUGCUGAUAGUUGGUACUCCGACACAGCCCAAUUAAAAAUAUCUCACCGAAAGUUGACGGCACAUGAGAUUGAUAAAUUAAUGAAAAGCUUUCCGACGAAACCGUCCAUCACUACUAGCCCUCCACCAGCGUCCUCCACAUCCUCAGACAGUGAACAGCAGCAACAGGUGCAGCAGGAAGCUACCGAACCAUCCACUUCGGACGACCCGCUGCUGAAUGCUGCUUCUGCAGAAUCGGAAAUUUCUUUUACCACAGCCCAUUCAACGCUCGAACUCCCUGCUGACGUUGAGGACAAUUUGGCAUAUUCCGGUGAAUCGUUGCUGUCCUUCAGCGACGACGAUCAACCGGCCUACUACGCUCAAUCGCGUUCCUCCUUCUCGGUCGGUACCGAUACCAACCGGGUACCUUCGGUGACAUUAUUCCGAACGAUUGACCUAACUGCGCCCGGAGUGUACGACGAAAGUUAUGGCGAAACUUCACGAUCCGACGUCGAUAGGCCAAUUAUGCAAGUUAAAGUGCGUCCCCUGGCAGCGUCACAUUCCAUCCGCUGCAGCGUGCAGCGCGUACAGCAGCAGCAACAAUCUGACGAUGAGUUGCCGCUGAUUGAUUUCCGACAAAUUGAGCGUAACACAGAGGCAAGUUGGAGGAAGCAUCGGUAAAUUGAUGGGACGGGUUGAAGAAGGGAAACGGGGGGCCACCAGGGAAACUUUGUUGCAGUAAAGAGUGCAACUUUAAACCGGCAGGUUGUGGUGGACCCCUUUUUCGUUGGGUUGAAAAGUUUCGAUAUUCAAUGACGAAUGAUGCUAGAGGAGCAAAUAUGGGUAGUUUUGUUAAAUUUUAUGUCAAAAAGUUAUGAGAAAUGUUUUGAAAUUAAUACAUUUGUAUUAGAUUGAAACCUA